AUGAAUAGCACCACUUUUUACCCUGAAAUUACUUCAAAAAGAGUUAAGGAAAGAAGCAUAGGAGAUGCUUACUAUAGAGUCCAACAGUGGAGAUAUUUAUUCCGAUAUGGAAUUGAAGAGAAUGGAAUUUUAAAAAAGGUUAAUUUAAAAUAGGCAGCUGAUCUAGUGAGAGUACCAAAGAAAACUUUGGAGGAUUACAUUUAAAUCUUUAAUAAAGCCUAAUUGAUCAUCAAUAUAGAGGAGAUUUCUGAGAAAAAGAUGGGAUAUUUAAGAUCAUAUAUGAAAAAAAAUAAAUCAAAAAUUAGGAAGGCUAUGAAUCUUGAUAAGUAAAAAUAAAGGGAAGAAAAACUACACUAAUAGUAAACUUAAGAAGUUUCUGAGAAUACUCAGCAAAAUAAGAGUGAAGAUGAAUAUCAAAAAUUUACAUAUUCUAUUUAUCCAACUGAAUAAUGUGAAUUUGGAAAGGAUGACUUUGAACAAGAUGCUGAUUGGGAAUACAGUAUUUUAUUUUUAAACAACCCUUAAAACAAUCCCCACUUUGAUUGA